AUGGCACGACAUAAAGAAUUGAGGGAGAAAAUUAGACAACUGACCUCGCUAUAUGAUAUUACAUCGGCCGAAUGCAUCUACGAGGACCAAGAUCAAGACCCGACAGGAUCAUUGCGAAUUGAGGACAUACGGCUGGCAACCGGGAAACUAGAAGAUGAUCCCGCCCAAGUACAAGACGACUUCUUUGAGGUGAAUCUGGGGACAGAUGAUUCGCCGAAGCCGAUAUAUAUCAACGCAGGACUAGACGAGGGAUUCAGAGAACAACUGGUCGCUCUACUCGUGGAGUUCCGCGACUGUUUUGCCUGGUCGUAUGAUGAGAUGCCGGGCCUUGACCCUGAUAUCGCCGAGCAUAAACUUCCAUUAAAAAGUGGGUUUCGGCCAUUUCGGCAACCUCCCCGGCGAAUGUCCAGGGAAGUGGAUACUCUCAUCCAGGAUGAGAUUAAGCGGCUGGAAGAUGCCAAGUUUAUUAGGGAAGCCCAGUACACCGAAUGGCUCUCUAACAUCGUACCAGUGAUGAAGAAAAACGGGAAGCUAAGAGUAUGCGUAGAUUUUCGAAACCUCAACCUGGCCACACCCAAGGACGAAUACCCGAUGCCGGUGGCCGAUAUGCUAAUUGACAGGGCAGCUGGACACACGAUACUCUCGGGCCGGCUUCGCAGCUGGAGUGUUUUGCUGAGAGGAAAAGAGACCGAUGAGUGGAUAUGGACGGACGAGCAACAGAGGGUGUUCGACGAUUUAAAAGGCUACUUGGCAAAACCUCCGGUUAUGACCCCUCCAAAGCCGAAUAAGCCGUUGUUACUAUAUCUAUCGGCUGCACGCGAAUCCCUAGGAUGUAUGCUCGCCCAAGAGGACGAUGGGGUCGAGAGAGCAGUCUACUAUUUGAGCCGAGGACUUACGGACACAGAAAUUCGUUAUACCGACAUAGAAAAAAUGUGUCUAUGCCUGUACUUCACGUGCUGCAAACUACGAUACUAUAUGUUGCCGGUCGUAGUGUACGUUUUGUCCCAGACCGAUAUCAUUAAGUAUAUCUUAUCAAAACCAUACCUUAGGAAUCGGAUUGGAAAAUGGGCGAUUGCAAUGUCCGAAUUCACAUUGGUGUAUGUUCCCCAAAGAGCAGUAAAAGGACAAUUGUUGGCAGACUUCUUGGCCGAUCACCCUGGUAUUACCCUCAAGGAAGAAACAGUCACGUUCUUCGACAUCGCCGUAUGGAAGAUGUGGCUCGACGGAUCCAGGACAAGCCAGGGGGCAGGCGCGGGAGCAGAAUAUGAGGCCCUCAUAUUCGGUUUCGAGAUUUUAGCCGAGCUAGGGGCGAAGGCGAUCAGUGUAAAAGGAGAUUCUUUGCUAGUCAUUAAACAAGUGACAGGAGAAUUCAAAUGCGAGUCCGAGCUAUUGGUAAGAUAUUGCAACGAGGCGAAACACUUGAUCGAAGGCUUUCAGGAUACGAGGAUAGAAUACACAGAGAGGGCUGAUAACAGCGUUGCAAACGACCUAGCUCAGCACGGUAGUGGUUACAAGGUAAACCGAGAGUUCGACGCUAUAGAGAGGGAAACGCCGAAUCUCCACACCGGGGGCAUCACGAUCGACGAAAGACAAUUCUCGGUUUACCAGCUGGACGUCACCCAAGAUUGGAGGGACGAGCUCCUGAAGUGGUUCGAAAAACCAGACUCCACGAAUAGGAGGUUGAGGACUUUAGCCCUGAAUUACGUGGUGUUAGCCGGCGAAUUAUAUAAGAAGGGCUUUGAAGGGCUACUCUUCAGAUGCAUCGGUCCAAAAGAGGCAAUGCUUGCUAUGGCCGAGGUACACGAAGGGAUAGCGGGCGCUCACCAGGCGGGCCCCAGAAUGAGGUGGCUUAUCCAUAAAUACGGCUUUUAUUGGCCGAAAAUGGAACAAGACUGCAUAAGAUAUGCCAAAGGUUGCGAAGCUUGUCAGAAAUUCGGCCCAAUACAACACGUCCCGGCCGAAGACCUGCACUCCAUCAUCAAGCCAUGGCCAUUCAGAGGAUGGGCGGUCGACCUGAUAGGGAAAGUAUACCCCGGCUCGUCAGACGAUCACACUUUUGUGAUUAUCGCCACUUGCUACUUCACCAAGUGGGUCGAAGCUAAACCUUUGAAGUCGCCGACACAAGAAGCGGUGAUCAAGUUCUUCAAAGAAUACAUCGUCCACCGACACGGCUUGCCCGAGUCCAUAACCACAGAUCAAGGGACUAUGUUCACAGGAGGCGAUAUAAGUUGGUGGGCUUCCCAAAUGAAGAUAAAAAUGUUACAUUCAACACCGUACUACGCUCAAGCCAACGGACAGGCCGAAGCCACCAACAAAGCUAUCAAGCUUAUAGUUCAAAAGAUGAUUGAAGAGAAUCCAAGACAAUGGCAUGUGCUUUUAUCGGAAGCCGUUUGGGCGAAUAGAACCAGUCAGAAGUCGGCUACUAGGACCUCGCCGUUCCGAUUGGUAUAUGGGUAUGAUGCAAUGCUGCCAAUGGAGCUGACAGUCAUGUCGACUCGUCGCCGAUACCAGAGCCGACUGUCCAAGGACGACUACUUCGAUAAAAUGGUGAUAGACGCUUUAGAUCUUGACGAGGAACGAUUAGCAGCGUUGGAUCACCUUGAAGCCCAGAAAAGAAGGGUCGAGAGGGCAUACAACAAACGUGUAAAACGAAAAACAUUUACGGUGGGCGACAUAGUAUGGAAGGCAGUCUUGCCUAUCGGUCAUAAAGAUAAUCGGCUUGGCAAAUGGAGCCCGAAUUGGGAAGGCCCCAUUAUUGUAGUCAACAAGUUAGAGGGCGGUGCUUACUUACUGGCGAACGUUGACGGAGAGGAGCAUGACAGGGCAAUCAACGGUCAGUUCCUAAAAAAGUAUGUUCCUAGUUGCUGGGAUGGCAUCGACCGACGGCUGUUUGGGGCCGACGAAGAAUAG